AUGUCGCUGCACCAGCAUGCCGACCAUCCCACCACCACGUAUCAGCGUGCUGCUGCUACCCUACCGCCUCACGCGAACCAAGACGCACUGGACCUGCCAUCUCCCAGUCGAACGAGCCCGCCCAACUUGCGUCCGACGCAUGGGCAAGCACCUUUUCGUGCCAGGCCGCUAGAGAGCACUCGUCGCCUGCGUGCUUCUCAUGCCUCCGUCUCUCCUCAGUUCUCGACCAUCAUGCCUCCGACAGCUCUCACCGCCGCUGCUGCUGCUGCUGCCGCUGCUCAGCGCGGCCCUCCCCUGAACUCGCCCGCGAACCGGACCGUCUCGAUGGAUUCGACUCUGUCUUCGCUCUCUUCAUCAACUGCUCCACAGCCCGUAGUCCGCUCACAGUCGUCGAUAUCUCUGGAGAUAACCGACAUACCCACUCUGAUCGCUGCCGCUGGCUCUCCCGAGGCUGCUAUCGCGAAGCUGCUGCAAGAGAAACAUUCCGGUUCGGCACAUACCACUCAACUAUGGAGGCUGGUGGAGAAACAGAGGGCCAUGAUCCUUGGUCUCAACAAGGAUCUUGAGCGCAUACUCAAGGAGAAGGACAAGUACCGCAAGAGACUCAAGGACAUACUGGGCGAGCAGUCUUCCCGUCCGCCCACCACAAGAGAGAGCCUUGCUUCUACCGCCCAAGACGGCCAGUUUCCCAAUCUGCCCACCUCCAGUCCGUCGCUACCCACGAGUGCCUCUCUGGACAGCUUGCCUUCUGGCUAUUCGCGCCCCGCUCGUGCACAGCCAUCAGAAUCUGCAUCUUCAUUGCCUGGUCUCCCAGUGCGCUCGGCGAAUGGCUCCAAGACACCCUUGGUUUCCGAUGCCCCACAAGUAGUCUCGCCUAAAUCCUUCUCGAGCCCGAACCAGAGGUUACGCAAGGAGAAGCCUGCUCCGUUAGAUCUGUCAAGUGCCCCUACCAUGCUUCGCGAAGCCUCGGAUUCGGACGACGACGGGACCCCCCAACUCUCGAGAGGAAGAAAAAAGACAAGAGCAGACGAUGAUAGACUAAGAGAGACGCUGGCUGGCCAAAGUCAGCACAAAGAGACAGCUCAGCCCAGCAGCCGAAGUGCUUCACCUCCGACCGUCAACCGACGUAUCCCUGCCCCUGCUGAUCUGGACGCGGACCCUGGUCUUCUCAGCGACACGGAUCAGGGCGUACUCAGCGAUGCCGAAACAAUUGAUUUCGGCUCUCCCCAGCUCGCCCAAGUACAGACAUUCCAGAGCAUGGGCCAGAUGGUGUCUGCCGAUGCCCCCGUCCAGCCCAAGCGCCAUCCUGUAUCUCUGACCGUUCUGAGCCCUGGUCUACCCAUGAGCCCUCGUCCUGGAGACAGGCCUAUGAAUUCGCCUAUGCCUAGAGCUUUCAAGCAAUCCUUGUCCUCAAUACCCAUUUCGCCCAGACUUGCUGGCCAGAUGCCUCUGUCACCCCGUGCCCCUCGUCAACCUAUUCCGAUGCCGCCGCAGACGCCUCUUUCGUUCGCAUCCCCUCAUCUUGCUCGUGCAGAGACCUAUCAGGCGCUGGCCGCAAAUCCAAUGUCCGACAGACUCGCAGUUCCAUCGCGACCACACGUGGCCGAAAACGAACAGUUUUCGAAUGCGCCCACUCCAAAAUCGCCCGGUGAAAUCUAUCGCGGAUUUGUGUCAGAGCAGUAUCCUGGCCUUCUUCUGCCUCCAAACGCUCUUCCUUCUAUCUAUGUAAAAGUAGACUCAUCGCGGUUGCGACCGUCGAGGCAUAGUUACAUGGCGCCGAGACCAUCUGAGGAAAACCCUGUCAUCACUCUUGCUGUUUUUGCUCGAUCCGACAGAACACAACUAUGGCGCGUAGAGAAGUCAUUGACUGCUAUGUCCGUCUUUGAUCAACAAAUCAAGACCGCAUCUAAUUUCAGAACAAAGCUUCCAGAUCGUUCUUUGUUUACAGGUCACGCUCCUGCCCGAAUGGACGCCCGUAGGAAUGCAUUAGCCAUGUAUUUCGAUAGCAUGCUCGACACUCCCAUGGAUGAUCAAGCCGCUGUCAUCAUUUGUGGCUUCCUGACCGCUGACGCUAUCGGCCCAGACAUGCCAGACUACUUUUCGCAAGAAGCGGUCAAGACUGUCAAAGCUCCAGUGAUUCAAGGAGGAGGAGGAGGAGGAGGAGGAGGAGGAGGAGGAGGAGGUGUUCGAAAAGAUGGCUAUCUGACAAAACGUGGAAAGAACUUUGGUGGUUGGAAAGCCAGAUACUUUGUGCUGGACGGACCAACUCUCAAAUAUUUCGAAGCUCCAGGAGGCGCUAUUAUGGGCUCGAUCAAACUGACGAGCGCGCAAAUCGGCAGGCAAGCUCAUCAUACUCCACGUCAUGAGGAAGAUGACAGCGAUAGUGAUUAUCGACAUGCUUUCCUGAUCCUUGAGCCCAAGCGCAAGGACUCGUCAAAUCAUGUGAGGCAUGUGCUUUGUGCCGAGAGCGAUGAAGAACGCGAUGCUUGGGUUGAGGCUUUACUGCACUACGUCGAUCAUAUUGUGUCACCCACGACUCUGAGGAAGCAAGAUUCGUUACACACAAUGCGCAGUCCACGAUUGCAGAAAUCCAUGAAUGAUCUCUCAUCAGCGAGUUCGAGACAGUCCGAUAGCUCUUGUAUGCUGCGUAGCAUUCCAUACCAAGCUACUGUACCUGCCGAAGCGCCUGUGAUUGGGCCCACUCGCGAUCUUGCCACGCCUUCACCAAUCGGCUCUCCAGCAAUUGGUGACAUCGAGCAACACCACGACUCAAGCCAUCACCCACAAAUUUCAGGUCCGACGAAUGGUGCAGUCAUUCAAAAUGCAGAGUCCUGGGGCAACAGAAGGGAACCUGUCACCCAGACCAAAGACAAGAAGCGAAGCAUAUUCGGUUUCAGAGGCCGCUCAUCCUCUGACACGGUUCCUGGAAGUAUACCUAAGGAUCUGGUCCAGAGUGAAUCGCCUGUUCUUGUGAGACCGGUCUUUGGCGUACCCUUGGCCGAAGCUAUAGAAAUUGCGCCACCGUCGGACGUUCCAGUUCACCUUCCCGCAGUGGUUUAUCGGUCCAUCGAAUAUCUGAGAGCCAAGCACGCCUCGUCAGAAGAGGGUAUAUUCCGUCUGUCUGGCUCUAACAUAGUCAUCAAGGCAUUGAAGGAGCGAUUCAACACCGAGGGCGAUGUCAAAUUGCUCGAAGGCCAGUACUAUGAUAUCCAUGCAGUUGCAAGUCUCCUAAAGCUCUACCUUCGGGAGCUUCCUGCUAGCAUUCUCACAAGAGAACACCAUCUUGAGUUCCUCAAAGGUCUGGAUGUGGACGAGAAAGUCAAGGUUGAAGUAUUCAAUGUCCUUGUGAACAAGCUGCCUAGGGCGAACCGAGAACUUCUAGAUAUUCUGAGCACGUUCUUACGCGAGAUUGUAGAUAGAGAGGGUACCAACAAGAUGAGUGUCCGGAACGUCGGCAUUGUCUUUGCACCAACACUGAAUAUCCCGGCCCCCCUCAUAUCCCUAUUUGUGAUGGAGAACGACAGAGUCUUUGGUCCUCCAAUCGACAUAACAACUCCGGUCACAUCACAGCCUGCAGAUACACCGCUAUCAGGGGCCGCUCCCGAAAGCGUCAGAUCGCCUCGACACAAGAUGUCCAGCGAAUCGUCAACACCUGGAUACAAUCAGACAAGCUUCUUCCAGCAGCCUGCACCGCCUACCCGCGAUGGCCACGACAAUGGCUUUGCACCAUCUCAGGCAGCAAACAACGAGAACAGAUCCGUGCCGCAUAAUGACAGAUUCUCUGGGUCGAACGGAAGUCGUACAAAUCAACUGAGCAAUCCGAUGAGCAAGCAAGCCAAACGGGAGAGCAACACAUUAUUCAUGAAUUUCGGGCCUGCGGGCCAAAGAGAGCCCCCACUCAGUCGUCUUCGGGAGGCUGAAAACUUCGAUUGA